UCCUCCCCAGCCGGACAGCCCUGGGCUCGCCCUGGGCUCGCCCUGGGCUCCGCGCAUCUCUCCCAGCCAGCGGUUCGCAGGAGCGAGCAGGGGAGGGGACGGCGGCCCAGGGCCCGAGGAGUCUCUCUCGGCUGCGGGCAGCCAGGGCCCUAGCUGCAGCAGCAGCCGCGGGUGGCCGGGAGGUGCCAGUCCCCGCUCGCGCGGUGGCCCAGAGCCGGUGGCUGGAGCUUACAGGCAGCAUGGCGGGGCCGCGGGCCAGGCGGUGCUCGGGGCUUGGGCUCCUGGCGCUGUCCACGCUCGGCCUCUGCCUGAUGCUGCAAGUCGGCGCCAAGAGGCCCCCCAAGACACCCCCCUGUCCACCCAGCUGCUCCUGCACCAGGGACACCGCCUUCUGCGUGGACUCUAAGGCAGUGCCCAGGAACCUGCCCUCGGAGGUCAUCUCUCUGACGCUGGUGAAUGCUGCCUUCUCGGAGAUCCAGGAUGGAGCAUUUUCCCACCUGCCACUGCUGCAGUUCCUGUUACUCAACUCCAACAAGUUUACAUCGAUUGGGGACAAUGCCUUCACAGGACUGUCGCACCUGCAGUACCUCUUCAUUGAGAACAAUGACAUCUGGUCACUCUCCAAGUUUACUUUCAGAGGACUCAAGUCUCUAACACACCUCUCCCUGGCCAACAAUAACCUGCAGAUGCUGCCUCGAGACAUCUUUCGGCCCCUGGACAUCCUGAGUGACCUGGAUCUGCGGGGCAACUCACUCAACUGCGACUGCAAGGUGAAAUGGCUGGUGGAGUGGCUGGCACAUACCAACACCACGGUGGCGCCCAUCUACUGCGCCAGCCCGCCUCGCUUCCAAGAACACAAGGUGCAGGAUCUGCCGCUGCGGGAGUUCGACUGCAUUACCACGGAUUUCGUGCUGUACCAGACCCUGUCCUUCCCAGCAGUGUCUGCCGAGCCCUUCCUUUACUCCAGUGACCUCUAUUUGGCUCUGGCCCAGCCGGGAGCCAGCGCUUGCACCAUCCUCAAGUGGGACUAUGUUGAAAGGCAGCUUCGAGACUAUGAUAGAAUCCCAGCCCCCUCUGCGGUGCACUGCAAGCCAAUGGUGGUGGACAGCCAGCUGUACGUGGUGGUGGCACAGUUGUUUGGAGGCUCUUACAUUUACCACUGGGAUCCCAACACCACACGCUUCACCAAGCUGCAGGACAUCGACCCACAGCGUGUGCGCAAGCCCAAUGACCUUGAAGCCUUCCGCAUCGAUGGUGACUGGUACUUUGCAGUGGCCGACAGUUCCAAGGCAGGUGCCACCAGCCUCUACCGCUGGCACCAGAACGGCUUCUACUCCCAUCAGGCCCUGCACGCCUGGCACCGUGACACGGACCUGGAAUUUGUAGAUGGUGAGGGCAAGCCACGCCUGAUUGUUUCCAGCAGCUCCCAGGCACCUGUCAUCUACCAGUGGAGUCGCACCCAGAAGCAGUUCGUGGCCCAGGGCGAGGUGACCCAGGUGCCCGAUGCCCAGGCAGUGAAACACUUCCGAGCUGGCCGCGACAGCUACCUGUGCCUCAGCCGCUACAUCGGUGACUCCAAGAUCCUGCGCUGGGAGGGCACCCGCUUCUCCGAGGUGCAGGCCCUGCCCUCCCGGGGCUCACUGGCCCUGCAGCCCUUCCUCGUGGGUGGCCGCCGCUACCUGGCGCUGGGUAGUGACUUCUCAUUCACGCAGAUCUAUCAGUGGGAUGAGGGGCGGCAGAAAUUUGUGCGGUUCCAGGAGCUGGCAGUGCAGGCCCCCCGGGCCUUCUGCUAUAUGCCUGCCGGGGACGCCCAGCUCCUCCUGGCCCCCAGCUUCAAGGGACAGACGCUUGUGUACCGACACGUGGUGGUGGAUCUCAGUGCCUAGAGCAGGGGCCAAGGCCUCUGGGUUCCUCAGGCAGCCACUGGAGACUGGCAGGAGCCUCCAGGGGAGCAGCAUGUGUGCCUGUGUGAAGACACACUCAGCCAGCCCGCACAUGCGCCCUUAUGUGCAUACACCCCUGGGAAGCACGGGCUGCACCGUGGAUGCUAGCCCAGGGAAGCCACUUGUAAUCAGCAUGAAGACUUGUAUACACACCAGGGAACCCAGGGCCCGGUGCCCGCCCUCCCGUAUGUGGAUGCCUAUCCGCCCCACACCUUGUCUGCAGCCUCCUUCCCUCUGCCGCCUUCCACAGGCUCUGGCCCAGGGAGGGGCGCUGGGAGGGACGGGAGGCUAAACCGCUCCCUCCUGUUCUGCGGCUUGUCCUUCCGACCCCUAGUCUUUCCUGUUGGUGCUCCAGGUGUCUGUUUACCUGCUUGUGCUCCGCCUCGCAGCCCACAGCCACGUCCCUCAUACUGCCGGGUGCACUCGCCCACACUCCAAGCCUUCUGCACGCACACGUGGACAACGACAGACUCCCUUGGUUGCAUUAACACACACCUGUCUACACUCCCAUCUCUGUGUGCACAUGUGCGGAUUCAGCGCUGCCUGAAGGGGCUCUCCUCCAUGACCUUGCCCCUCUUCUUGGAGGGGAACAGAGUAUCCUUCCUCUGCUCACCCCUGGGGUGCCCACCCAGCAACUGAUAAUGAUGGGACUGGUGGUGCCAGCCCCUGGGCACCAGCUUGAGCUCCUGGGGGCAAAGCCCCUCUGCCCGAAGCAAUAAUGGCAACAAGCAGACCCUGACUUCUUCCCAGCUCUGUCUCUGUGCCCACUGGAGGUUCCGGCUCCCUGGUGGACAGACCACUCAGAUGAAAGCCUGUCUGCUUUUCUUUCCUUUAGCUGCCCCAUCCUUGGACCACCUCUCCCCCAUCCUCUGGUUCAGCCCCACAUUUGGGACGUAGACCCUGCAUGGUGUUGCCUCCUUUGGAUGCGUUCGAGGGCUGGGCAGAUCAAGGAUGCUGCAAGCCCCAGAGGCAUCUGGGCAGGUGCCAGGAAUGGACCUGGGUUGAAGAGUAUCUUGGCAGCCCUGGCACCCCUCCAAACCAUAGAGGUGCACCCCUAGGUGCACUGCCUAUCAGUGGGAGCUGCGUGCUGGAGGGGUGAGGGUGUGAGGGUCCUGCGGGAGUGGCACCUGACAGCCAAGCUUCUGCUGCCCUCUGCUGUACGCUGGAAACAGCUGGCUCUGGGAUGCAAGGCUGGCGGGAAGGGCAUGGGGCAGGGGGGCCAGACUGUGGGAGGGCCUCCCGGUGGCAGAAUGCCCAGGGGCCCUUGGGGGCAUACCCUGAUUCACUUGCUUCAAAUAAAAAGUUGCCACCCCGCUGACGGCUCUCAGGUGUCCAGUGGCGAUGGUCAGCAGCACCCAUUUCAUUAGGAACAGAGCUGUGUUGUCUGACCCUGCUGCUUGCAGGGAGCCAGCGACCCCCUUCCUCCCUGCUCCCUUCCCUCUGAGGAGUAAGUAGGCACCCCAAGGUCAGCUGGUGCUGGGGUCAGAAGUUCAUGGUGAUGACACUCUGAUGCUGGGCAAGUGUGACGAGUCUCUACCACCUGGGGCUGACUCACAGUCAUGCUCCUUCCUGGAGAUCACAGACUUGGGCCCCACUGACACUGGAGUCUGUCCCUCGGUCACAUCAAAUUCAACCAACAUGGCCAAGGACAAGCCUGCAGUCCUCCUCUCCACCUCCCUCUGCUGGGCAAAUGUGCGUCAUUCCGCCACUCUCCGCCCUUGGCGUGAUGUCAAGCAAGUGGACCGAUUUCCCUGAGCUGAGCUUCUCCGUCAGUAAAGUUGAUAAUAAAACUUACUUUGUCCAA